AUGACCGGCAGAAACGAAAAGGAUGCUCCGCACUUUGAAGAAGAAGAAGAAUCGAACUGCGCCACGUGCACUAGACCGGACAGCGAAGAGGAUAUGGUCCAAUGCGACGCCUGCGAUGAUUGGCAUCACUAUUCAUGUGCUGGGGUGGACCAAACCGUAACCAGCGCGCCAUGGAUAUGCAACAAAUGUAUGGAAGCCAAAGAUGAUGAUGCCGCUUCAGUACACAGUCAAGCCAGUUCCAUCCUUUCUGUAAGCCUAAGUCAAAUGAUGGAUCGACAACAACUUGAAAGAGAAAAGGCCGAUUUGGAAGUACAACGUCGUCAUUUGAAGGAACAACAGAAGCUGUUGUUUAAUACCGCUGCCGGAAUUGGGUUGCAAAAUGUUCCAUCUCUCGAAGUUCCGAGUCAAUCCAAUGCAGCUGCUUCCGGUAUAGCAUCGAGAGGCUUGCUUGGUAGAUUCGCCUCUAUGGACCCAAUAACGGCGCGUGCUGCAAUUUCACCAUACGCUAGCUCAACUGAGCAGGUACCUCAUCUUUCGGCACCUUCGGCAGAUCGGAAUCCAACACCACCUACAGCGCGCAGCUUGAGUCAUCAUCACAUAGCACUACGUGAGCUGAAGGCUAGUGUGGAGAGGUGUGAGACCAGUGAUAAGCUAUCGCCGGAACAACUACUCGAACUUCGGAAACAGCUUGAACACUGCCGUCAGUUGUUUACUGUGAACAAUUCUGAUAAAAGCAAGGAACAAUCAGAUCUGCGGAAACAAUCUGGUGCAAUUCCGAAGACCACUCGUAACCUACCCACCGUACCGGAGGAGAGUCGCUUAUCUAAACAAAACAACGCAAUAGGUGAAUGCGAGGAGGAAGCUACGUUAAAUUCCUGGCGAAUUAAGCAGUCGGUAAGCCAGAAUGGAUUGCCGCUGGUAAGUGACACAACGCCUAUGGAGACUUCAGGUAAGCGUCAUGCCUCAUACUAUUCUGACCAUGAAAAUAAUAUUCAUACUUUCCCUGCAUUUAAUGCAGCAGAAUUAGAUAACCACUCCACGACCAUUAUAUCCCGAAAGCAGCUGCGAAAUUACGCGCGCUCGGAAAAUAUUUCUCACUUCCGUGAACAGCUGCAAGACAUAAACGCACGCACGGCUAGAAUGAACGAUUUGACUUUACCUUCAAAUCAAGUCAAUUUAGAUUAUGUAUCGCAGUCGCGAAACCCCUUUGAACGUAUACAUAACACUCAAGAACAGUCUCAACUCCCUCGUCAAUCAAAUCAAGUGACAAGCAACUCUGUAAAUUCCCCCCAUGCUUUCCAUCAACCAACACAGCAACAAGUAGUAGCCCGACAGUCCCUGGGAAGAGAUCUUCCUCGAUUUUCUGGAGACCCCACGGAAUGGCCUAUCUUCAUCUCCAAUUACGAAUUUACCACGGAAGCCUGUGGUUUUUCCGACGCGGAAAACAUGCUUCGUCUGCAACGAUGUUUAACUGGUGCAGCGCUUGAGUCAGUACGCAGUCGACUGGUGCUGCCGGCGGGGGUACCACAAGUUAUUGAAAGGCUGCGAAGACGGUAUGGUCGCCCAGAACUACUAAUAAACGGUUUACUGAAAAAGGUGCGUGAGAUUCCGGCUCUUAAGACUGAUCGGUUGGAAGGACUUAUCAGUUUCGGCGACGCAGUGCAAACAUUAUGUGCUCACAUCGAGGCUGCGAGGGAACACACUCACCUCUCCAACCCAUCCCUACUACAGGAAUUGAUUUUGAAGCUUCCUUCGAACCACCAGAUGAUGUGGGCUAGAUAUCAACGACAGUUCAGCCACGUGAACCUCCAAACCUUUAACGAAUAUAUGGACAUGAUUGUUGAGGAUGCUUCAAGCAUAGUGUCUCUAGAACCGGAAAUAACGACGCGCGUUAGUGGACGAGAUCGACAAAAACCAAAAGCCUUCAUCAACGCGCACGCUGAAGACUGGAUAGAUGCGCAAGCACCGAAGGAAUCCAUGAGGGAAUACGUUUGCGUUAACUGCGAUCAGGUGGGACAUCGGAUUGCCGAAUGUAGAACAUUUAAGGCGCUUAGUAUCGAGGAUCGAUGGCGAAUAGUAAGGUCAAAAAAUCUGUGCCAAAAUUGUUUGUACAACCACGGUCGCAGAUCGUGCCGGUUACGCCAAAGCUGUAAUAUUGAGAAUUGUCGAUAUCGCCAUCACCGUCUGCUCCACCCUGAGGAUGUUCAGUCUACUCCGGUUAUCGUUGCCGAAAAUCACUUCCAUCGAGACCUUAAUAUCUCAUCGUUGUUCAGAAUCUUACCAGUAAAACUGUACGGAGAGCUCGGCUGCGUUGAAACUUUCGCCUUCUUGGAUGAAGGAUCUGAUCUCACCUUGGUGGAGAAUGAACUCGCAAGCAAUUUGGGAGUGAAAGGCGAUCUUCAACCUCUUUGCCUAAAAUGGACGGGUGACACAUCCCGUCUCGAGACGGAAUCUCAGCGAAUUUCUCUACAAAUAUCGGGAGCGAAUCCUGACAAGCGGUAUACCUUGACAAACGCCCGGACGGUAAAUAGUCUAAACCUCCCAUGCCAAACAUUCCAGUUUUCAGAAGCUUCGAGUAAGUAUUCGUAUUUACAAGGCAUCCCCAUUUCUAGUUAUAGCAAUGCCAAACCGCGAAUUCUCAUCGGUAUAGAUAAUUUGAGAUUAGCACUUCCGCUCAAAGUAAAAGAAGGUGACAGUAAUGGACCGGUUGCUGUAAAGACCAGAUUAGGUUGGUGUGUCUACGGACCACGCUUGAACAACACGGAAGAAGCAAACAUCUACCAUAUUAGCAAAUGCAAUUGUGAAUCCGAUUUACAAGAAUCUGUCAAAAGGUUUCUCGCUGUAGAAGCAUCCGGGACGUCCAGCACACAUGCUCCGCCAUCGGAGGAAGAGCAACGAGCCCUAACCUUACUUGAAUCUACAACAAAACGUAUAGGUAACCGCUUCGAAACAGGCCUGCUGUUUAAAGAUAACUAUGUAGAAUUCCCUGAUAGCUACGCGAUGGCGGAAAAUAGAUUGGUCUGUCUCGAACGACGUAUGCAACGCCACCCUGCUCUGAAAGAAAACCUUCAUCGACAGAUUCGAGAGUAUGAAUCUAAAGGCUACGCACACAAAGCCAGUAUGGCAGAACUAGAAUCAGCUGAUCCUCGCAAGACUUGGUACCUCCCCAUCGGGGCAGUAACUAACCCAAAGAAACCCGGGAAGGUCCGGAUUAUAUGGGACGCCGCUGCCAAAUCGGAUGGAGUAUCUCUAAACAGCGUGCUUCUGAAAGGCCCAGACCAACUGGUAGCUCUUCCUGGAGUUCUAUUCCGAUUCCGCCAGUAUAGAGUGGCAGUAACCUCUGAUAUACAAGAGAUGUUCCACCAAAUUCGUAUCAGGAAAGAGGAUAUCCACUCACAACGCUUCUUGUGGCGUUCAGAUCCCUCAGAGAAACCCACCAUAUAUUUGAUGGAUGUUGCUACAUUUGGUAGCACUUGCUCACCUGCCUCCGCUCAAUUUGUUAAAAAUAGGAACGCUGAAAUUCAUUCUCAAUUGUAUCCAGAGGCGGCGCAAGCAAUCAUUCGUGACCACUACGUAGAUGAUUAUUUGGCAAGUUUUGAAUCGGAAGAAGAAGCGUUACGAGUGGCUCGUGAUGUACGAACAGUGCAUGGUAAUGGAGGUUUUAAGCUGCAUAACUGGCGAUCAAAUGAUGCAACAGUAUUACAAGGUUUGGGAGAAGAAAAAACACAAACAGCGAAACGUCUUGACCUCUCGGAAGGAGGGCAAACGGAACGAGUCCUUGGUAUGCUAUGGAAUCCUUCGGAUGAUCUGCUAUGCUUCUCUACUCAAAUGAGCGAGGAGGUGCACAAUUUGAUUGUAACAACUACUCGACCAACAAAAAGGCAAGUCCUCCGAUGCGUUAUGACGUUAUUUGACCCCUUGGGUUUACUGUCUCCUUUCAUAAUCCACGGUAAGGUCCUCAUACAAGAUUUAUGGCGAGAAGGUACAGGUUGGGACGAACAAAUAAGCGAAGAUGUGUACAAAAGGUGGCAAAGGUGGAUCAAAAUGUUAAAAUUUAUUGCAGAAAUAAGAAUUCCCCGAUGUUAUUUUCAGCGAGCGUCACGAGAAACCUAUAUGAAUACGCAAAUGCACGUUUUCGUCGACGCUAGCGAAAUCGCCUAUUCCUGUGCGGUUUACCUUAGGGCACAAGGUAAAGAAGGGUCAUCUCAAUGCUGUCUUGUAGCGGCGAAGUCAAAAGUAGCUCCAUUGAAACCUUGGUCUAUACCUAGAAUGGAACUACAAGGAUGCGUUCUAGGAGUUCGUUGGGCGAAGUUUGUGCGAGACAAUCACGACCUUCCUAUCUUAAAGACGGUCUAUUGGACAGAUUCAAGAACCGCUCUGGCAUGGAUCAGGGCAGACCCUCGGAACUACCGGCAGUUUGUCUCAUUCAGAGUUGGGGAGAUCCUAGAACAUUCUUCUACCAGUGAAUGGCGAUGGGUUCCGUCAAAAUCCAACCCAGCAGACGAAGCAACGAAAUGGGGGAGCGGCCCAUACUUCAAUUCAGAAAGCAUAUGGUUCAAUGGUCCAGAAUUCCUCUCGUUCUCUGAGUCGCGGUGGCCACAACCUACAGAACCCGUCACUCCAACAUCAGAGGAAAUUCGAAAUUCAAUUCUUCACCACCGUGUUGUAGAACCCGUGUUAGAUUUCAACCGUUUCGCCACAUGGGGUCGACUAAAUAGAGUUACAGCCUACGUACUGCGAUAUCUGCAAAACCGCUUCAAAGGAGCGAAACUUACUGGACCUCUCCAACAGGAAGAACUCAAAAUGGCUACAGAAGCAAUCCUAAGACAUGUUCAAGAAGAUUCGUUUGCGGAAGAAAUAAGUGCACUUAAAAAUACGGUACACAACAAAUCUGGUCGAAGGGCUAUAGAGAAACGCAGUACCAUUUACCAAUUGAUGCCAUUCAUAGAUGAAAAGGGUUUGCUGAGAGAACGGGGACGUAUUGACGCAGUUAAGAACGUACCGUACGACACCCGACACCCAAUUAUCCUCCCAAAAAACCAUCCUGUUACUGAUCUGAUAAUCCUAGAUUACCAUGAAGUUUAUCGUCAUAGAAACAGUGAAACCGUCGUGAACGAACUACGCCAACUUUACAGCAUCCCAAAACUACGUGCACUGGUAAAGAAAGUCAGCAAAAACUGCCAGAUCUGUAGAAUCCGCUUAGCGCGGCCGAGAAUCCCUGUAAUGGCUCCGCUACCUCCAGCCCGUCUUGCUCACCACGAACGAGCGUUCACAUACACGGGGUUAGACUACUUCGGACCGCUCUUGGUGAAACUAGGAAGAGCCCGAGUCAAAAGAUGGAUUGCUCUGUUCACAUGCCUGACCGUUCGAGCAGUUCACCUUGAGGUCGCCUAUACACUAUCAACAGAAUCCUGUAUUUCCUGCGUUCGUCGCUUUGUGGGUCGUCGUGGAUCUCCGAUUGAGUUCUUUACGGAUAAUGGGACCAACUUUCAAGGAGCUGAUCGUGUUCUACGGGGUCAAAUUAGUCAGGGACUGUCAGCUACUUUCACCAAUGCGAACACGAAAUGGAGCUUCAAUCCACCAGGGGCGCCACAUAUGGGGGGCGCAUGGGAGCGACUAGUACAGUCAGUUAAAAUAGCUAUGGCCGAUGCCUACACCGAGGGGAAACUGGAUGACGAGGGGUUGCAGACAUUGGUCGUGGAGUCAGAAAGUAUGAUAAAUAAGAGGCCUCUGACCUACCUACCACUUGAAUCUGACGAAGCAGAGGCACUGACCCCUAACCAUUUCUUGCUACUAAGUUCGAAUGGAAACAAAUCUCCUAGACAAAACCAUCAAAAUUCGUCUACCGUAAGCCACGAAUCUUAUCGUAAUAUUCUCGGAAAUUCGUGGUCUGAAAUCCAAACCAAACUCAACGUAUUUUGGCAUAGAUGGUUGGUCGAAUAUUUACCAGUUAUAAGGAGGCAACCAAAGUGGUUCGACGAAACAAAGCCUAUAGAAGCGGGUGACCUGGUCAUGGUAGCUGAGACAGCAAAGAGUGGAAAAUGGGAGAGAGGGCGUAUCCUAGAGGUACUACGGAAUCCGGAUGGACGAUCAAGGAGGGCUGUGGUUCAAAUUGGAGCAAAUCGCUUCAUACGUCCAGUAUCCCGAAUGGCCGUGCUGGAUGUGGUUAAUCGUGAAGCUGCGGAUAAAUCCAACCUACACCAGGGGGAGGGUGUUAUUUCUAGCCAGCUGGCCACCCGGUCAGCAACGAUCGACAAGUGUCAAAAUCGAGAAAGUUGCCCCACUUAG